AUGUCCGCCAUCAUCUCCAGCGACGCGCCCCUGUCCUCCCCUCUCUCAGACUUUGCGCCCUGGGACCACCACUCGGUAGCCGACUCUUUCUCACUUACCCAUUCCCACCAUACCUUUCCCCCUUCGCCGCCCAGCUCCGGCACUGAGUCCCCUAUACUCGCGUCCUGCAUGCUCAAGACUCGCAUGAGCCCGGAGGGCUGCGAGCCCGCGCUCUGUCUCCCCACUCACCAGGUCUUCAAUGACUUCCCUACCGUGAUGUACACCCCUUCUCCCGAAGGCUCGACCGUGUCCCUUCCUGCGGAACAACCGCACCUCUCCAUCUCCAUCAACUCCAACGUCGUUCCAUCGAAAAGACCAUCAAGCACCGCCAUGGCCUCCAGUAAGAAGGCGCGCGCCUGCGGCGAGCGCGUUACGACGAGGGACUUCGUGCCCCCCGACGUAUCGGGCCUCAGCAAGCGCGAAGCACGCCUUGUGAAAAACCGUGCCGCCGCGUUUCUCAGCCGGCAGCGGAAGCGGGAAGAGUUCGAGAACAUGGAGAUUCGCGUUGCCGAACUCGAGCAGGAGAACGCGCGGUUACUGGCGCUCACGCAGAAUGCGAGCAUCUCAGAGCAGCAGGAAGACGUGCGCGGCGGGUUGCAGUCCGAAGUGGAACAGCUCCGGAACCAGUUGGCUGCUGUGCAGCAGCGUGAACGUGAUCUUGCGGCGCAGUUCGAGUCGCACGAAGCAUCUCCACGUGCCUCUUCAGUGAAGAUGGAGUCUUCAGAACCUCAGCUCCCUGCACGCUCAGCGUCUGUGCAAUCAGUCCAUAAGGGUGAAAGAUCCGGCGCCAGUCUUGGACUCAUGGUUCUGUUGUGUGCUCUGCCUACUCUGUUGUCUAUGCCUAGAGUUUCCACCCUUCCCAGCGCGUUCACCUUUCCCCUCGCUGGUUCAUCCUCACUUCCUCCCUCGAACCCAUUCGAAUUGCAGAACUAUAUGCCUGGCGAUUACGACUGGUUAUCGGGUGUAAACACGGGCAGCUCGGUAAUGGACGUAGACCUUGAUUUCGACGACAAGGGGCGCGUCGCGACAAUGGCUCCGACCCCCACCAUCUCGCCGGCCCGGAAAUUAGAAUUUGUGGACAAUGACUCGGAGGCUCUCGGACUGAGCGGUUUGGACAUCUCGUUUGACGCGUCCCCCACGGAAAAUGGGAAGAUUCGGGUUCGCAUACACCCCCCAGCGUCCGCGCUUGCGGAUUCUCCGGCUUUUUCUUCGGACUUGGAGGAUCAGGCCAUGCUCGGCACUAGCGAUUCGUCGUCUGCGUCUUCUUCAACGAGGCGUGAUUCGAGCGAAGACCGCUUGGGUCCGUUCCUUGGUAUCGGCACAGAGUACAGCACGGGUCUCGGUCGAAUGUCCUUGGAUGGACAGGACGAACUUGGUCUGUCGUCACCGAGGAGGACGUUCCCGUCAUUGUUUGACACCUCGGGGUCGAGCCUCGACUUUGAGUACGGCAGCAGUUCGAGCGGAUUCUCGCGCGAAGGCUCGCCGGCGACGGGCCGACGGCGCGUACGGAUCGCGCUGAAGAGCAUGCCGAGCGCGGGGAGGGAGGGAGGGGAGUGGGAGGUAGAGGUGUGUUGA